AUGGCCAACGACCCCCGAGGGCCCUCGAGGGGCAUUGAUUACACCAAGGCGGAUGUUGCUACCCUGGUUAGACAACUGUGCAAGUCGCUCCACAGGCAACAUCUGGAUCACCGCAAAGUAGUGGUGGACUUUGACUUGUUGGCCGUAUUUUUAAUGCAAGAGAUUGCCCCAAAGACGCACAUCAGAAAAAUUGUCCAAUUGCUGCUGGCACAAUUUCAAUUGGCGAAAUUCCCAGCCGAAGGGUUGUCCACUGGCGCUCCUCCACGCACCGCUCUCCAAAGCCAGCUACUCCAAGCUGCCGAAUCAGUUCACCAGACCAUCCGACGAUACAAUGAAAGUCAAAACGCUGCAGACACAAAGGCAAUGGCCAAAUUUUGGAACAAAAUCACCUUCUACAGCAAGCUGUCAUUGUGGAUCAAUAAGGCAUUCUUGCCACAAUCAACUAAAAUUGCCGAGGCGGCCAUUGGGUUUCUUGAGAAACAUGGAUCUGACUACCUCCGCGAAAAUUUGAAAAAUGAGAAAAACAAAAUCAUCGCAUGUAAGUGA